GGCGGGACGUCCGGCAGCAGGUUAGGUGGAGAAGCAGCGCGUAUACAAUGGCCGCUGGAUGGAGGCUAAAGCAAACAAUUUUUAGGCCCGCGGUGAAACAAAAAUAUGAGAAAAAAAAUAUUAAAAAAUCGAAAAAUUGCUUAAAGCCGGAAAAAAACACGGGAGGGAGAUGUUGAAUGUCCCGCGAACAACAAAAAUGGGACACGGUACAUUCUGGUCACCCACAGGAAGAAUUAGUGAGACUGGUUGAGAGAGUCCGCUGUAUCUGAAAUUAGAAGUGGAGUCCGUUGGUUUUCCACCAGAAAAGUGAAAUCCAAGAAGGUUCUAAAUGCCAAAUCCGUUGAACACAUGAAACAUCAGAAAAAGGAAGAAACUGAAGUCCAUAUUUAUGAGUACAGUUGGGCACAACCCAAGUGUCCAAAUACUAGGCGUACCGUAGACUGCGAUGGCCACUGUCAUCCCUGGUGAUCUUUUAGAAGUAAAGGAUACUCAGAAGGUUCUAGCGGGGAAACGUAAACGUAGUGAAAACAAAUCCAGAAAAUCCUUUCCUUGUCAGUUGUGUGGGAAGAUCUUCACUAGUGUUGAGAAGUUGAAAGUGCAUUCAUAUUCACACACAGGAGAGAGACCCUACAAGUGUUCACACGAAGACUGUACCAAGGCUUUUGUGUCCAAAUAUAAACUUCUGAGGCAUAUGGCUACCCAUUCACCUCAGAAGACCCACAAGUGUACUUAUUGUGAGAAAAUGUUCCAUCGUAAAGAUCAUCUAAAGAACCAUCUUCAGACUCAUGAUCCAAACAAGGAGGCCUUCAAGUGUGAAGAAUGUGGAAAAAACUACAAUACAAAGCUCGGCUAUAAGCGUCAUCUAGCUUUGCAUGCUGCAACAAGUGGUGAUCUUACCUGUAAAGUGUGCUCACAAACAUUUGAAAAUACUGGCGUGUUACUAGAGCAUCUGAAGACGCAUGCUGGAAAAUCAUCAAGUAGUACAAAGGAAAAAAAGCACCAGUGUGACCACUGUGAUCGUCGUUUCUAUACCCGCAAAGAUGUUCGGAGACACAUGGUAGUACACACUGGAAGGAAGGACUUCCUUUGCCAGUACUGUGCUCAGAGAUUCGGGCGGAAGGACCAUCUGACCCGCCACAUGAAGAAAAGUCAUUCACAAGAGCUGCUAAAGGUCAAAUCUGAACCACCAGACUUUUUGGAUCUAUUUGGCUCUAAUCAAUCGUUAUCAUUAAAAGAUGAGCUAAGUCCAGUUAUGUCAAUGGUUUCCAGUGAACUGACAUCUAAGCCAUUUACAAAUACUUUACAAAUGAAUAUCUACAGUGCCCAUAUACAAACCAUGCAGGCAUUAGGAUCAACAAACCAAAUGGUCACUGCACCAUUGCCUUUAGGAAUGAAUUACCCACUGGAAACAGAAUCAACUAUUCGCUCCCCUUCUCAAGAACUCGCCACAAAAUAUUUUCUUGGUUCUACCUCAUAUGCCAUUGCAAUGCCUGAUAAAGGACAUCCAUUAAAAAGUGAGAUUGAGAGUUAUUUAAUGGAUCUACAAAGUGAUUUGUUGCCCUCCACCCAUGAUACUCAAUCAUCCCCAACAAAACUAGGCUUGGAAUCCCAGACAGGAUCUCUAGAUGACGGAUCUGGAGAUGUUUUACUUUCAAAAAGUCCAAUCCUCAACGAACAUCUGAAUACAUCGGGCCUGGAAUUUUCUCAGUUGUUAAGUUUCUUGCCACAAAAUGGUCCUCCCUACAAUCAACUUGUUUCUUUGGGCAAUCCUGGAAUGAAUUAUACCCAGGAGGAGCCUCACUCUUCCCUCAUUCCAUUCCCACCCCAGUGCCAAGAUUCACAAGAAACUGGAAAUAAUAUCGGUCUCAAUGCUCUUCAUCCAUUAUCUACAAUCUUCACAACUAGUCUAAGCACAACAACCCUACCACGUUUUCACCAAGCUUUUCAGUAGAGAUUAAGAUUGUCUUAUUCAACCUGCUCUCUCUUUGCAAUC